GAUCCAAAAAUAACCCCAAAAAUUUCUCGGAAAUUCAUCCAAAACAGCGUCUUUUUUUUUAUUUUGGGUCUUUUGUGUUCAAAAUUUCUUUUUGUAAUCUUGCGAUGGCUGGUAUGCGUGAAUUAAUCAAAGAAAUGGAGGAGGAAAUAACUGAGCUGAGGGAUAAGUUGGCCAAGAGUGAGGAGGAGUGUAAAUUGAUAAGCUCAGUAUUGGAUAAACCACCUGAAUUCCCGGAUAAGUUGUCGAACAAUGAGAUUGCACGUUACAGUCGGCAGGUUUUGGUUCCUGGCAUUGGUGUUGAGGGGCAGGUGAAGCUACGGAGUUCUUCGGCACUCAUUGUAGGUGCUGGGGGACUUGGAUGUCCAGCUGCACUGUACCUAGCAGCAGCGGGGAUUGGAAUGAUUGCUGCUGUGGACUACGAUAAGGUUGAUUUGAGUAAUCUUCACCGGCAGACUCUCUACUCCGAGAGGGACGUUGGUAUUAGCAAGGUUUUCGCCAUGGGAAGGGCUCUCGAUAGAAUCCACUCAAAAUUGCGCUUUGAUGCUCAUAAUACUGAAAUCAAUAGCACGAAUGCAAUGACGAUCAUUGAACAAUACGACAUUGUCUUGGAUGCAACAGAUAACGUCGCUACGCGUUAUUUGCUGAGUGAUGCAUGCGUUCUGGCAAAGAAGCCACUCGUCUCCGGGAGUGCCAUUCAGUUUGAUGGACAGCUGACGGUGUACAACUACAAGGAUGGCCCAUGCUACCGAUGCAUCCACACGCAGCCACCAAAUCCGGAUCAUGUGCAGAAUUGCGGUGAUUCCGGCGUUAUGGGUCCAGUAACUGGUGUUAUUGGAUCCCUCAUGGCCCUUGAAGCUAUAAAGGUUCUCCUCAAUCUCGACGGAGUUCUAUCGAAGCAAUUGCUCGUCUACGAUGGCUUUGAAGCACGUUUCCGGACACUGAAGCUUCGUGGAAAGAUCAAAGAUUGCGCUUCAUGCUCUGAGAAUCCCACCAUAACUCAGCUCAUUGAUUAUGAAGCAUUCUGUGGAUCUAAGGCAAAUGACAAAGACCACAGUUUGAAGCUUUUGGAUGAAUCUGACAGGAUUACUGUGCAGGAAUACAGGAGGAUUUUCAAAGCAAAAAUUCCGCAUGUGCUCGUGGAUGUUCGUUCACCGAAUGAGAUAAAGAUUUGUGCCCUAAAAAACACCAAGAACAUUCCCAUUGAUGACAUAAAUAGUCAGAAGAUUGAGAGAAUUGCCGAGGAUCUGGGCAAGAUGAACCUUCCCAUCUAUGUGGUGUGUCGUCGUGGAAAUGACUCCCAGAGGGCCGUUAAGAAGCUCAAGGAAUUCAUAAAGGGCGACAAUGCCCCCAAGGACAUCAUCGGUGGUCUUCAUGCCUGGGCAAAGUACAUCGAUCGCAAAUUCCCCGUCUACUAGAGAGGACUUCCCAUGCCGUGCGUAAGUACUUCGUACUUCCUCUCUGAAUUUAGCAAAAUAAAUAAAAUCGAAAAUAAUAUUUUUUUAGAUGGUAAUUUUUAUUACAAUUUCUCAUCUUAAUUUUCUAAAUAAUAAAUUGCUAAAAAGAAAUUUAUUUACAACCUUCUUCGUCACUCUUCAAUCUACAGAAAAAGAAUUUUCUCUUUUAGAAAUACUGACUUUAGCACUAAAUUCAAUUUUUUUUAAAACAAUUUCUCUUUAUAUAAAAUAUUACAUCCACAUUCUACAUUGAAUAUAUGAAACAAUUUAUGCGAGAAGGAGGUUGAAAAGUUCCUGAACUUUUUAUAAUGUAAGAUUCUUUUUUAUAAUUAAAAUUUUGAAAUAAAAAUCAAAAAUCAUCCAAAAAA